AUGGCUGAACCCCCGCCAGAGAGCUCUUACACCCCACUCAACGUGCCCAUAAACCCUUCAGCUCACUCCAUGGAAGAUCUUGACCCUCAAGCGACCCGCAAGCGCCCCCGUCUGGACAGUGGAAGUGGUGUGAGUCCCACUCUGUCGCUGGAUGGAACUUCUCGUACUGCCUCCGUUGCACCUGCCUCGGAUAUGGACGAGGCCUCGGACUCAGGUCGCGUCGCUAGCAAAGUGACGAUCAAUAUGAAAUCUCCUACCUCUGACGCGGACCCCGCGGAGCUCCAGAUUGACCACAAUGAAAAGCUCCUCACAGACACCGAUGGACCCCCGCACGUUAUCGCGCUCUCCUCUUCUCCCUCCACUCCGCGGAGCCCCGAAAUCGAAGUCGCUGAACCCGAAGACAUGGACCAGGACCCGGCCUCCUCCAACUGGAGACCCCUCGAGCAUGCCGUGCAGGAUCAGGAAGAUCCCGAUGUGAUUGAGAUACAGGACACAAUCACCCUCGCCGAUACAUUCCCCAAAUUGGACGAGGACUUCAGACACCGAGAGAACUUCAAAGCUCUGGGUGAGAUGAUUGAGCUUGGCCACGCCCGUGAAAGCCAGGCGGUCGUUGCAGUCAAACGCUGGUUACAUACAUGCGUCGCAGAGUUGGACCGACUCACGCUCGAGGAAUACACCGCGGACUUUGACUUCUGGGACGCCUUGCCGCAUAUGGUGGAAUGUCUGCUGCGCAGACAACUUGAGUUGCAACUGGAUAGCGUGGAUAAUAUCUGGGACUUCUUUGAGGAGCUCUUCCUCGACUACUCGCGCAUCGUGCUCCACCUGGUUCGGUUGGAUAGCCUGAUACUCAGCCGACUGACCGGAGAGGACGGCAUUGAUCCCCCUUUGAGCACUUCCCACCGCUAUCUCUUGAACUUCCCGUGGGUGUUCAACAGCCCUAAUGUUCCCUUCUACGUCGUUUUGCACAAAAGAUACCCCAACGAAACACUCCGUCUGAUCGCCCGUCUCAAAGACCAGCUCACAUCAUCUAGCUUUGGUGGAGCAGGCGUGCUUCUGCAGUAUGCAUCCCGCGUCCUUGCUCUACUGCAGAAAAGUCCCCCGUUAUUCGCCAAUCUGCCUGCUAUCAUGACCACUGCACUCUUAUUCUCUGACGCCAGUUUCCAAAAACUGCGGAAUGACGGGCAGAGCUCCGAUGAUUCCUCGAAAAUCGACCAAAGUCUGCAGACUUUGUACGAUACGACCCGAGCUGUCGACAAGGCGUAUCAGACAUUGGUAGCCAAGAAGUCACCAGUGGUCACUAGCGAAGCCAGUGCCACCAUGGUGGGUGUAAUUUUCCGCACCUACAACUUCCUUACUGCCGUUGAUACUGAGUUCAUGUUUCAACUUGCCGACGAGUUGAAGAUCAAACUGCCCGACGACACUUCGCUGGACCAAACGAAAAUGUGUGCCACAUGGACCUGGAAACUUGAUAUUUUGAAGAAACAGAUAAUGGAAGGCCGAAUGGAACUUCGUGUCAACGGCGUUGAGACCAUACAAUCGGAUUUGGUCAAUCUCUGGUCCAGCCAUGUCUCGCAAAACCCAGACAAUCCCUUCGUGCACUACAUGGUCCAGCUCCUGCACAGUAACAAAAUCCUCGAGUAUCUGAUGGGUAUCGACUCACAUCCACAACUCAUUGCACGUGCCAGCAACAUCUUCGGAUUCUUGAUCGUGACUGGCAACUACGACAACAGCAUCACGGAUAUCAUCUGGAAAGUCGUGACUGACAGCCAAGAUGAUCGAACAAUCUCAGAGGUCGUCGGUAUGCUUGCACGCACUCUAGCCAUGCACACGUCUACGUCUGGUGCUAUGAUUUACAUUUGCACCAAGCUGCUCGAGCUUCCACUGGAACGGUUUGACAUGUGCAUCAUCGAAUUCUGCCAACAGCUUGUCCCUCGAGUACAAGAGAAGCCCGGUGACCGUGAUUACCGUAUCAUUUCAGACGAGCAGCAUAACACUGUCCCCCUGAAGCUGUGCGUCCGGUUGAUUCGCGAGAGCGCCGGGGCCGACAUCCCAGCCGAUAAGAAAGAAAUGUUGCAGCAAUUUGGCAGCCAGCAGCUGGUCAAUUUCAUGAAGGCCGGUCUAAGCGAAUCCGACAAGGCCGAAACGUAUGAAGCUUGCAUCCAGGACAUUGCAGAGAUGAAUAGCUGCACAGCAGGGAGCAUUCAAGUGCUGAAUGCCCUUGUUUCCUGUGACGGCUCACGGGAACUCGGAAAACUCGCCACCGAGUUCGACUUGACACGACUGGUCAUCACUGAACUUCGCCAUUUUGUUGAACAGCUCCCUAAAAUUCCGGAUGACAUCUCCUCACAGUACGCCUUCGCUUCACGGGUAGAACUGUUGCGUCGCAUCAUCGAUCUCGCACCGGAAACGAUCACCCCAGACCUCGGCAAUACCCUCUGGAAGGAGAUUCUGAUGUCUGCGCAAUUGCCUCACAGCUGGCACUUGAUUAUCUGGAAAAUGGCCCAGAGCAUGACAAUCACCCCGAAAUCCAACACUUUCGUCGAGCGUUGCAUUCAUGAAUACCUUCCGGAGGUGCCCCCGAGCUGCUACUCACAUGAGCUCUUGUUAUUUGCCCAGCAAUCCGUCUUCUACGACAUCCGCCUCAAGGCGCCCCCUGUACCAGAGGAGGACGAGGUCAUUGCCGUUCCUGGCAUGGAUCGUAUCUGGCACAUCAUUUUGACUGCCCCUCCAAACACCAUUGAAAACGAGGCGAUCAGGUUUGCAAUUGACCUUUACCUGGACCACGUCAUUAUCGGAAGAUCUCCCAGAUCGGCUAUUGAUGCCACUCACGUUUCCCUGGUUGGUCGUUGCCUGGAUCAACUCAAGUCCGCAGCGCCGGCCCUGAAGUCAUCCCGCAAUGCAGAAGCCAACGGUGAAGUGGCAAUGGAGGUCAAACCUCAGAAUGGGGACCUUGGCACUGAGGAACUUGCUUUCAGCCGAUCGCUCUUAUUCCUGCGCCAGCUACUUCACGGACUGCGCUCCCGGCCGCGAUACAGCUCACCUCGAAGCCAGAAUAGCUCUCCACCCAGCUUCAAUGAACGCCCGCUGAAAGGCGAUGCUGUCAAUAUUCGGUAUCAAUGCUUUGGCGGGGCUUCGUCGGGCAAGGUGAAGACGCUGGUAAUCGGUGAACUUUCAACCGCUAGUGAGCUUGUGGAUCUUCUGACGCAUUCAAGCCUUUUUUCCAAGUUCUCGCUUAUCUUCAGCGGGAGGAAGUUGGAUUUGAUGGAAAACCCGGAUGCUUUGAUCAAAGACUUGGGAUUGGGCGCGGGCCUGCUCCUUGUCAGAAAGGCCGCCGAUGCCCAUAUCAUCACUUCGCCUGGGUCAAGUCGAUCUCUGACAGCGGUCGACAAGGAAGUGUUGAAGCACUUUGACGAGUUGUAUGACAUGCUCGACCUCAAAGACGAUUUGGCUCGACAGAUUAUGGACUUCCUGGUCGUGUUCCCGCCCCAGGGGCAGGCCGUCGAACUUGUCGAAUCCACAAAGAACUCAGAGAAAGACAUGUUCCCAUUGGCACUGCCUUUCAAGGCCUUGUACACCUUGAACACGCUUUCAAUGUGUCUUCACGAUGUGCCUCUUGCCCUCGACACCGAUACUCGACAGGAAUUCGUGUCCCACAGUAUCAAAGUCCUCGUUGCGUUCAUUACGCUCGACGAAUUGUGUACCGUGCUUAACCACGACUGGAUCGCGAUUGUACUCGCCGCGAAAGCCGUCGAGUGUUUACAUUUGGCUGUUUCAGUUUAUCACCCGAGCGACGCUGAUUCCGCGAUUGUCCAAAGUCCCCAAGAUGUCGUUCCUCGUGUUUUGAGUUUCAUCAAAAUUGGACGAGAUAACAAAUUCGGUCACCAGACCAUCGCUUUUGCCAACAGCUUGGUUUGUUACUCGUUCGCUGUCCUGGCCGAGGGAUCGCUGCGCGACCAAAACAUCUGGGACACUGUAAAGCAACAUGUCGAGUUCGAUGUUUUGAUCGAGUCCUUGCUUCUGGAUGAGAGCCAAAGAGAAGUCCGAAGAGAAAUCUUGGAACGCCUCAAGAUCAUCAGUGGCCCUUCGAAGCUACAGGAAACUGAAAAGGAGUCAGCUAAUGGGGUUAAUCCUGUCGAAAAUCCCAUUCGAAUCGACAUGUUGGCUACGAUUUGGAGCUCAAUUGUGAAUAUCAUACCCAAAGCUCGCUGUUUCGUUGGCCAGUCAGAGGAGUUCUUUACUGCUGCUCUCUUUAUCUUCCGCUCAGUCGCCCAGAGAUCGCCACGUGAUGUUAUGUUCAGCCAAUACAUUAAGCAGUGGACUGCGGUUCUGCUCGAGCAUAAUACGGCAGAGGUAAGUGACAAGCACGGGCGCACAUACAGUGAUCGUGUUGCUAACACAUGGCAGUUUGUGGGACGGGAGCCCGCUGACGAUUUAGUAAUGGGGAUUUGUGGUCUUCUUGAAUUGUGUCUUGAUCUGGCCAUCAUUGCCAAAGUCCCUCUGGAUUCCGACCACAUUGUCGAACAGUUGUUGAAGAAGUAUCUGUUUCCAGACUUCAUCCCUGACACAGGAAACUACACAGAUCUGCAAACUCCAAUCAUGCAUUCCUUCACUCGCCAGCAGUUGUACAAUGUGGUAACUUUGCUAUGCGAGCAAAGCGACAAGUCCUAUGGCCGAACUCUGGAAUUACUCGAUACCAUUGUCCCUCGAGGAUCCUCUUACAUUGAGCAUUCAUACGAACGACACUCGAUGAUUCGUUCCCCUGUCGGCUAUGCCGGUCUCAGAAACCUCUCGAACACUUGCUACCUCAACUCCCUCAUGACUCAACUGUUCAUGAACAUCGAGUUCCGGGAUUUCGUUCUGAAGCUUCAAAUCACUGACGAGGUCUCACAAAAGCUGCUCCAUGAAACCCAAAAACUCUUCACCUGGAUGCAAGAGACAUGGAGAAAGAGCAUUGAGCCAUAUGACUUCGUGCAAAGUAUCCAGACAUAUGACAACGAGCAGAUUGAUGUCAACGUUCAAAUGGACGUUGAUGAGUUCUACAAUCUUCUGUUCGAUAGAUGGGAAGCUCAGAUCCCUGAGACAGGAAAGAAGAAAUCGUUCAGGUCUUUCUAUGGCGGUCAAUUGGUCCAACAGAUCAAGUCCAUGGAAUGCGAUCACAUCUCAGAGCGCGAAGAGCCGUUUUCGGCUAUCCAAUGUGAGAUCAAAGGCAAGGCAUCCUUGGAAGACAGUCUACGGGCCUAUGUGGCAGGGGAAGUCAUGCAGGGUGAUAACAAGUACUCUUGCACAUCGUGUGAACGACAUGUCGAUGCCGUCAAACGCGCCUGUUUGAAAGACGUGCCGGAUAACCUGAUCUUCCACUUGAAGCGCUUCGAUUUUGACAUGCUCACCAUGCUGAGAAGCAAGAUCAACGACGAAUUCCAAUUCCCACGACACAUUGACAUGGCUCCUUACACUGUUGAGCAUCUCUCCAACCCCAAUGAGCCCGUCGAGCCGGAUAUGUUUGAACUGGUCGGUGUUCUUGUCCACACCGGUACAGCUGAAUCUGGUCAUUACUACUCGUACACACUUGAGCGACCCUCGUCUGGUGGGCAACCCUCUUGGGUCGAGUUCAACGACUCUGAAGUCAGUCAAUUUGAUCCAACUUCACUUUCGGCUACCUGUUUCGGUGGCGCUGAGCCUUCUCAGUAUGUGAAUGGCAACCCGAAGGACAAGAUAUGGAAUGCGUACAUGCUGUUUUACCAGCGUGUCUCUUCAAUCCAGAAGUCCAAAUCUAUGUACACCCCACCGAAGCCUGACACCCCCGUGCGCAUUCCUGUUCCGAGCACUAUUCGGACCCACAUUGCCAUGGACAAUGAGAUGCUCAUCCGAACCUAUUGUCUCUUGGAUCCCCAGUAUGCCUCAUUUGUCGACAGAUUGCUCCAACGGUGGUCCCGCAUGACUCCCGGUGACAGCAAAGCUGAAGCGGAAUCCUUGGCAGUCAAUGUCGGAAUGGACACCAUCGAGCAGUUGAUUUCGCGCACCCGGCACCGCCAGGGCCUUGAAGAGAUCUCCCGCGACCUUCACGACAUGAUUAUGACCAGCUCCAAUGCAGCCCUGAGCGUCAUUCGGUGGACCCGGGAUCGACCUGGAUCAAUCCGUAACAUUGUGGCCAAGACGCCCAACCAGGAUGUGAGAGUUCAAGAGGUCUCACUCAUUGAGUCUGCCUUGAAACAGUUGCACUUCCUGUCAACAGACCCGACUUUCGAAGCGGACGAACAGCACGCGUGGUGCGUUGAGCUUGAGACAGCUAUCGAACAGAUUGUGCUACUCUUGAUUGAAAUUUGGCCCACCGUGCAGUGCCAACCCCGGGUCUGGGAUGAUUACUUCGAUUUCUUCAACAAGCUUUGCAGCUGCGGGCCAUUGGCCGUGAAGAUCCUCCUGGAUCGGGGUGUUUUCAUGAUGUGCCUCCAUAUUCUGUGGAUCGACCAGGAAGACAGAAUGGACUUGCGAAUCCAGUAUCCCAACUAUGUGCGCCUUCUUGACAAGGGCCGUCGGUUCCCCUUGUCGAGUUUCAUGGUUCUAUGCUUGACCUUCUUCGAACAUAUUGAUUUCUCCCUCGAGCCGCCGCGCAUCGGGGAGAAGCGAGAGUUUUCAGUCGAGACUGGGAAGUUCUCCGCCAGGGAGCGUGAAAUGGACCUUAUCACGCCUAAGGAGUCAGAUCAAUCCUUGUCUAUCUUGUCGAAGAUACUCAGGUCUUGGGCAAUUUCUAGAACACACAGCGCUCGAAUGAUUCUUGCAGAGCUUCUGAAAGGAGAACCCAAAGCGGGCCUUCUCGAUGCAAUCCAGAAGGCGUUGGAAAGUGGGUUGAGAAUGGAACCUGCUGUUCAAUGUGUGCCCUUCCUGGAGGCUGCGGUGGUAUUCUGCGAACAUUGUCCUGACUGGGAUCGAAUCGUGACACUUGUCAACUACAUCGCCGGCGGAAUUGAUACCAUCGACAACAGUGGUGGUCAAGAGCACAUGGACUUCUUUACCCAGAUCUGUGACAUCACUAACUCGCGGCUGAACCUUGGCCCUCAAGCUUUCACCAAGCUCAGUCUCAAUCAUCUCCCGACAAUCGCCCCCGUCUUGCUGAUAGACUCUGACGAGACUGUUCGACAAAACAUGCAGACCGUCUUGGACGAGCUGUUUGCUGGAGCCCAGAAGGAAGCGAAAGCUGAGCAGGAUGGCCAGACUCAGGACUCGGAAAGACCUUCCCAGGUCAUUGUAGGAGACGAGCUCGUUUCUUUGGGUCGUCUUCUCCACAAGAACUGCACCGAGCGACUUACCCUUGCUUUCUUGAAAGAGCAAACCCGUCCGAUUGAUGGCAGACAACUCGAGCCCAUCCUCUCGGUCAUCAACUAUUGUCUGGAUAUUUUCUAUGAUGACAGUGAGGCGGAUGAGGCCGAAAUCAAUAGGACGCGUGGUAUGUUCGGCGACGUCUAG